UACACAAAAAAUACUCCAUACAGAAGAGAAAGAGGAAUUUUCUAUCUGUCUAAACAUUGUUUAUUAAGCCAGGUUAUCUAAAGAUGGAGGACCACAUGACCAAAAUGAACAUGUUUUCUUCUUACACGUCUAAUGACUUCACAGAUGGACCUCAAGCAGAAAUAAGUUUGGUCCCAGGGAAAGCAAAUGGCCACGAUCUGCUAUGUACAGUGUGUUGUGACUCGAGCAGUGGGAAACACUAUGGGAUCUAUGCCUGCAACGGCUGCAGUGGCUUCUUCAAGCGCAGUGUCAGACGAAGACUCAUCUACAGGUGUCAGGCUGGAACUGGCAGGUGCCCCGUUGACAAGGCCCAUCGUAACCAAUGCCAAGCAUGUCGACUAAAGAAGUGUCUCCAAGCUGGCAUGAACAAAGAUGCUGUGCAGAAUGAGCGACAGCCUCGAAGCACAGCACAUGUCAGUCUAGACUCUAUAAAUCUGGACACUAAAAAGGAGCACUUGGCCACCACACGGGAGCUCACCUCCUCCGCCCCCUACUCAUCAGUCAACUGCAAACCUCUGGUCACCAACUCAGCCACCAUACAGCCCUGCAGCAACCCCAAUAACUACCACCGCUUUAUGGUCAGCCUGCUAACUGCAGAAACCUGUGCAAAACUGGAGCCUGAGGAUGUGGAGGAGAAUAUUGAUGUGACAACCAAUGAUUCAGAGAGAGAUCGGACUCCCUCUGACUCUCAUCUGUCUCCGUACACCUCCAGCUGUCCAGAGACUAUAUAUGAGACAUCGGCACGACUCCUCUUUGUGUCUGUCAAGUGGGCAAAGAAUUUGCCUGUUUUUGCUCACUUGCCAUUUCGAGACCAGGUGACUCUCCUGGAGGAAGUUUGGAGUGAGAUGUUCCUCUUGUGUGCCAUCCAGUGGUCCCUGCCCAUGGACAGCUGUCCUCUUCUGUCUCUGCCAGAUCUCUCUCCCACACAGCAGGCCAAGAUCAGCCUCCCUACAGCGGACCUGCACAUCCUGCAAGAGGUCUUUAAUCGCUUUAAGGCCCUAGCUGUUGACCCUACUGAGUUUGCCUGCCUGAAAGCAAUUGUUCUGUUCAAGCCAGAGACACACAGCCUCAAAGACCCAGAGCAGGUGGAGAAUCUACAGGACCAGUCACAGGUGUUGUUGGGUCAGCACAUCCAUUCACUAUACCCCAGCCAAGGUGCCAGGUUUGGGAGACUUUUACUUCUGCUGCCAUCCCUCCACUUUGUGAGCUCUGAGAAGAUAGAGCAGCUGUUCUUUCACACAACCAUUGGCAGCACACCCAUGGAGAAGCUGCUGUGUGACAUGUUCAAAAACUAAGACACAAACUUAC